CAGCUACCUCUUGAUGCACCGGUUCCCGGAGGAAGAAAAAGAAGCACUUGGAGAUCGGAUUCUCAACCGAAGAGUCGAAACCGCGCUCCCGUGACGCAGCCAGAGGCGAGCGAGCGUGACCUAACCCUCGACUGAGCCGUAGGGCGCUGUGGGUCGAAGUCGACAAUACUGGUGCAUUUCUCCCGACUCAUUGUCAGUGAGAGAAAGUGAGCGAUCAUCCAUCAGCGCAUCGACGAGACCAAGUUCCGCCGGAGGUUCUCAGCUAGGUGUCGAUCAUUAUGUCUGAUGCCCCCUUGCCGGCCGGUUGGGAAAAGCGAACGUCGCGUAGUUCGGGUGACUGUUACUAUCUGAACAUCCACACGAAGGAAUCACAAUGGGAAGUUCCCACUGAGCCAGCGCAACCGAAAGGCGACAAAGUCAGGGCGAGUCAUCUGCUAGUCAAGCACAGGGACUCUCGGAGGCCGUCCUCCUGGCGAGAGGAAAAAAUCACCAGGUCGAAAGAAGAAGCCUUGGCGAUUCUGAAAGAAUAUGAAUCGCGAAUCAAGUCCGGCGAUGUGACCUUCGAGGAGCUGGCUUCACAAUUCUCGGAUUGCAACUCAGCGAAGAAAGGAGGAGAUCUCGGUUUCUUCGGUAGGGGCGCGAUGCAAAAACCUUUCGAGGAAGCCACAUUUGCACUGCAAGCAGGACAGAUGUCUGGUCCUGUGGAAACGGAUUCUGGAGUCCAUCUCAUACUCAGGGUCGAAUAGGUUCCCUGUUCCCCCCAAGCUCCAGGGAAGGAUCUUUAGAUGCCAGGAGAGGAGCGACGGCCGAGUUCGCUCGCAGCGGGGGAGACUCGGGGAAAUUCCGAACGAAUGCCUUCUCGGAGCUUCCAGUACUCCUUGUUCCUUCGUUUUUUUCGUGACUCCCUGCUUCACUACCAAGAAAACUGAUUCCUAUCCCUUUAUCGGCGUCCAGAAUGCGUCGCAUUCAUGAGUCAUGAGAAAUGAUUUUUUGAACAUUCCCUAGCGAUUUCCCUGCACGAAUAGGGCGCGGGGAAAUUUCGCCGCAUGGUGAAUGUGGGGUCUCGAGCCCGAAAUUAUAUUGCUCCUGAGCAGAUAAUCAUAGAUUUGAUGCAUACCGACUGAGUUUGGAGGCAAGGCUCCCGUCCCGAGUUCAGCAACAUAUGUGGAGGAUUAGAUGAGACCUAUAUAUAUAGCAGGAGCGGAGUAUAUUCCUUGAGUUCACUCGCAGAGCGAGAUGAGAGGUGAAUAAAGGCUUUCCGAAA